AUGGCGUCUAGUUCACGGAAUUGGGCCAAGCAGCUUUACUGGUCGGCCAUCCCGGCUUAUGGUUGUGGAUAUCUUCUUGUACACAGCAUGCGCGAUUAUGGGCUGCCCAUAGAAUAUCUAUACGUUGAUCGACAUGCCAUGGAGCCAUCGGAAGGAUUCUUGUCUCUGGUAGAGUCUGAAGUGGAUAAAAUGAAGGGACUUCGAAAUGCAAAGUUAAAAGUUACGAUGACGGACAAAAUGGAGCCGAAGGUCUACGGAGGAUUUUUUCUAAACCGAGGUGCCGAGAUCCAGUUUCCGUUGCGAUAUGCCUUCUCGGAUGUUGAGCACUUGAGAAGACAAGGUGCCCAUAUCGAAUUGGAUCUCGGAUAUGCGAAGAAUCGGCGUAAAUUGGAAGUGAACAGUGAAAUAUGUCAGCAGCUGUUCGAGAGGAUAUUACUUACCGAUUCUGCAAAACGUUUUGCGAUUCAGCGAGAACUGCAAAUAGCUAACAGUGGGCUGAUCUUCUCUUUUCCAAUCAUUACUCAAGCGGCGGUUUUUCUUGGCGGAUACUUGAGCGUCCCACUGCUGGCGCCAUUUUUGGGACCUACCAUUCCCUAUGUCUUGGCCUUCUGUGCUUCAACAGCGUCAUAUGUGGCGCUGAGGCCCGUGUUCGAUGGCUACUUAACAAGGCUUGCUGAUAAAUUGACAUUGACCGAACAUCCUGAAUAUCUUGCGGGUGCCCGAGACUACUUCCAAAAUGUCCUGAGCCUAAACCGGUUACUACGGCGGAUUAUGGGCGCGGAAGGCGAAGCGUGUAUUAAAAAGGAUGGCGAAUCCCGGCUUGAUGCUCUUCCGAUCCACACGCGGCUAGCGGCGGUAGAAGAGCGAGCUCAACAGUCGAAUAAUCGGGUC